UAAUAACGUUCUGUCUGUACUGAGAAAAAGCUUUCAACAGACUUCUAGAUGAAAAAGUGAGCAGUUCGAGGUCAAACUUGGCAACUAUCCAUCAGAGACUUUAUAAAAAAUAAUCUUUACUUCAUAAUCAAUAUCACAAUCGAUAUCAGACUGUAUCAUUUCAAAUGCAAGUACAAUCAUACCACGUGAUAUUUACUUACUCUCCCAGCACCUGACACUACUAUAAAAACAUCGUGUAUAUUUUAUAUUUUUACCCAGACGGAUCUUCGAUCGAGUGAAUUUAAACCAAGUUGGUUCUCUUUAAGUCUUCGCUCCUUGAAGGAGAGUCGACCAAAAAUCAGAUUAGAAUCUGCGUCAAGAUAUGUAAACAGUAAACAGAAAGAUGAAUCGAAGUCAGUACAUAGAGUACCUAAACAGAGAACUUUACAUUCGCGAAACCAACCGUAAAACCGUCUCUACAUCAUUAGCAAUCGUUUUCAUCGUGCUUGAAGUGGGCGGCAACUUCGUAGUGUGCUAUGCGGUCCUCAAAACGAAAAAGCUCUAUUCCCUAACCAACUUCUUCCUCGUGAUAUUAUCGCUAUCAGACCUUGUAAGAGGAAUAGUCUUGAUGCCAAUAUGGAUCGAUGUCUUAUUGAAUGGACAGAAAAACUUUACUGACAACGGCUGUAAGUUCACAGGAUUUACAUCGUCAUUUUGUAUUAUUGGAAAACUUUUUACAGUACUUUUGAUCUGCAUGAAUCGUCUAACAAGGGUUUAUCGACCAUCGACUUAUGAUUGGUUGUUUCAAAAAUGGUUUGCCGUAGCCAUGGUGACAGUCACGUGGCUAACUGCGCUUACAGUCGUCAUUAUUCUAACGACUUCAGGUCUCGCCAAGAUCGAAUUCCAUCCCGGAAGAGCGAUAUGUCUGCUCAUAUUUGAAGACCAAAGUGUUUUUCAGGACCUCGUUGUAGCACAGUUUAUCUUCAGUGUCAUCAUCCCUCUAUGUUUGAACGUUCUGUCACAUUUCAAGGCCUUCAACGAUCUAAAAGAACACAAGAGAGAAGCAGGAGGAAAAAUAAGAGUGCAGAUUUUCAACAAAAGACACGACGAAGUUGAAAAUGAACUCGAAAACCAUGGCCAUGACAUCGAAGCUACACGAACCCUCCUUGGAGUAGUAUAUGGGUAUAUAUUUUGUAGUACCAUUACAACGAGUAUUAUCCUGGCCGAUGCAUUUAGACCUUAUUAUUUUGACCGAGGUACUCAUCUGGCUUUGACAUUCUUUUUAUUUGUAAAUGGAAUCAUAAAUCCAGCGCUUUUUAGCCGCACGAACAAGCCUUUUCGGGACGUUUGCCUGGAAAUCUUUGGCUGUAAAUGGAGCAGACGAGUUAUUCAUGUACAGUAGGAAGAAAUUGAAAGACGUCAAAAAGAUCAAAGAUCUUUAACUCUAUCAAAUCCCAAAACUACUUGAUUUUAGAAUGGGACUCCAACACUUGCUUUGCUCCCUUCAGGACACAAUUCAUGCGACAACAACGAAGAAACUUUCCUGGCGGCGCACCUAUGCAGGACUUCAUUUUGAGCUAAAGUCAAAAUCGUCAACAACGUUCGUUGUGGAUUUGCAUGGGAACAACAAGAGAAUCGGUUGGCUAAUGUACAGUUUCAGUUUACUUACUAUUUCGCUUCUCAUUGGUCGAUAGCCUUCAGUCAAUGUCUAAUAUCGUGUGAACUUGACAUGAUGUAUGAUAAAUGUAUUUUCUGUAGGUUUUCCUGCAGAUAACACAUUCUUUAUGUCAAGUUUAUUCAAGGUCAUAUUGGAGAUUGAAAUACGUUUGCUAUUUUUGCUAGCAGAAUUAAAUCUUUAUUCUUAGUCUACAGAAUUUAAAAUAAAACAAUUAUUUGAUGGAUAUUUGAUGCUUACUUCUCCAAGAGUGUCGUCUCAAGACAAGGUGGAGAUCUACAAUACAUUUAUUUGUCUAUCGUGGUCUAUGUUUUCCCA